CUUGUGCUGGCAUUAAACAACGCAAUCGUUGUCUUUUGGGAAAGUGUGCAGUCAUAAACACCGAGCUUUUCCGUUUCUGCUGAACUGCACGGCGGAAAGGAGACGUGAGGGAAACUUCUCGGUUUGGAAUCGGUUGGGUUUUAUGUAAAUGAGAUGGACAACAUGUCGAGCGGGGUCGCUCUUCAGAAGCAGAUCGCAUCGAUCAUGGACGAGCUCGCCAAAGCCGCGGUGGCUGAGAUCAGUAAAGUGGUGGACGACGGCGUCGUGAUGCUCCGGUUGGAGAUCUGCGAGCGCGAGCAUGAGAUCGACUCGUUAAAGCGGAAUCUGCAGAUGGUGUCCGACGAGCUGCGCGAGACCCGGCGCGCGCUCGUCCGCCAGUGUGUGAGUGGCGCGCGCCCCAGACAGCCGCUCAGAGGUACGCAAGAAAAUACUCCAAGAGAUGAAGAAAGGGAGCCUGGGACCGAGGACUCGAUGAGAGACAGGCCGAGUGACGACGCGUCAGCAUCCAGAGUAGUUGUGAAGCUUGAAAGUGUGGAUGACGAGCAGGUGGUAGAAAACGGAAACCAGUGCACGAGAACAGAGCCUGACUUACACUCCGGUUCUGCAGAUGAUGACCAACUGGCCCAGGUGUGGUCAUCAGAGAACAACACGGAGAUACACGACCCUCAUUUCUAUUCGAAACACGAUCAGUCUCAGUGCAGGUCGGAGCAGUGCUCUAAGGUAGAACAGAAUUACGACCCGCUCGGGGGUAGAGCGGAGACACAGGGCCUGAGCGGAGAAGAGGAGCUGUCAGCGGAUAGCCUGCAUGCAGCGACGGAUGAAUUGCUGAGAGCGCAGCCGCACUCUCAGACACACAACGCGCUCGUGCACCCACCUCCUGAUUGUCAGGGUGAUUUCGGUACGUUUGCGCUGAGCAUAGCGUCCAGAGGGAGACCGAUGGUUGGGGCGGCCUUGCAGAAGAGACGAUUCGCCUGCGCCUUUUGCAGCAAGAGCUUUGAUCGACUCAGUCAUCUUGAUAGACAUCAGCGCAUCCACACAGGAGAAAAACCCUUCAGCUGCAUGUUAUGCGGCCGGUGCUUCACCCAGAAAAGCAGCUUAAAGAGCCACCUGAAGACACAUCGAGGAUUCACUGGCGAGUUAGACGCAGCGUCUUUGUUGCCGAGUGAAAACAAUCUCUUCAGCGAUGAGUGGAAUAUGGCGACUCACUGUGAAGAGCAGAUCGCACACAACUUUGACCAAAACACAGAAGAACCGAAUUCACACUCAUCCUACCUGAGCCAAGAAGGAGCUCACUUCAUAAACACAGAUGAGGACAGCAUGAACCAAGCAUACGGAGAUCAGAAGAUUAGAAACUUCCCUGCAGGAGAAAAUAAAAAGCCAGCCGAUCUACCUGAGCUAUAUGAGAAGAAUGGGCAGGAAGAGGAGGGAGAUAAAGAUCAGGUGUUAUCCGAUUGUCGGCUGGACGAGCCCAGGCACUCUGGAUCUGAGAGUGUCCAGGACGAAAAAGAUGCUCAGGCACACUCCUUGAAUGCCUCAAGUUUCAGAAAAGACUCGAUGGAGUCUGACUGCGUUAGCAUAACCGAGCAAACCUCAGCUCCAAAUCAACGGCAGUUAGAAUCUACCUCAACAGUCCUACACACGUGGGGGGUCUCCAAGGCCAAAAGUGUUGCUGUGAACCAAAUUCAUGUGAAAAAGGAGGACGAGGAUGCGCCCCGUUUAGACAAAGAAGAGUCCAAUCCGAACCCAGAGGUGUCCUAUGACCUGAAUACAGCGUCACCUUCAGAUCAGAACUCGACUGCUGACUCUCUCAGGAACACAGAGACUGCAGCGGUGCCUGAUUUUCCAUACGACACGUUACCUCAGAGACGGCGUGUAUUGAACGGACGUGAGAGGCGCUUCCUGUGCGUUCUCUGUGGGAAGAGUUUCGAUCGUCUGAGCCACCUGGACCGGCAUCGGCGCGUGCAUACUGGAGAGAAGCCUUACAGUUGUGGGAUAUGUGGCAGGAGCUUCACGCAGAAAAGCAGCCUGAAAGGUCAUAUGCGAACGCACACCGGUGAACGUGGUUUCAGCUGCUCUCUGUGUGGCAUGAGCUUCCCUACACGAGCGAGUCGCUACCGGCACCACUGUAACUAACCAUGACCUGUGUCUUACAGCUGAAUCUUGGAUGUUCCUGCUGUAUGAACGAAACAGUGUCGGAAAAACGCUUUUAGGAAGAGUAUUAUAACUCAUUAGCUUUGUACGCAUUUCUGUACUUUAAUACAGCUGUUUUCGUCUGUACAAGACCACAUUUACUGUACAAUGAAUUACAUUUCUGUUAUUAAUUGCGUGCAAACCAAACCAUCGACCCUGCAUUCAAGGGUUACAGGAAGUAUUUCUAUUUUUUGGGAAACGCCACAUCAAGGACAAAUUUUAAAGUUUACACUGAUUUUUACAACAAAAUGACACAUUUUAACAACGACUUUUACCACAAGGACCAGUUUUAAACAGAUUUUGUGCUUACUGUUAAUGUGAAAGGUUGGCAACGCGAUACAAAUCCCCCCCAAAAAUUGUUACACUUAUGUGAAAAUCAUGAUUACAGACAACAGCGUCAGCCUGCAAAACCUAUCAUUAUGGACAAACAUGCCCCAAACUUGCCUUAACCAAGCAUUUAUAAGCUCAAUGUAUCCUGACAAGGCCUGGAGAAACACUUUUCACACCUGUUUCUUGGCAUAAAAUAAUGAAUACACUCAGUCAGGCAACAUUAAGAGGAAGCGUAUACAGUGGGAUUUUGCUGUGUAAGCAGGAUCAAAUCAAAUGUCCAUUCGUCAUUCGUUCAUAGGCAGAACUGGUUUUCUGUAUGCGUUAGGAGCCAAGGCCAAGGUUAAAAAAUCAGCGUGUUAAAGCAGUGGUGUCUUAUUCUGUAGAUAAAACCUGGAUAGCAUGGAACCUCCAUUGGCUUUGAUCUUGGUUAUGCCAUGUUUUGUGCUUUCUCUUUAUGAAAACCAUAGUAAUUGCAGUUAACAUUAACCUCCUAAGGCCCAAGCUGUUUUUUUACAUGCAUUUUUUAUUUCUCUUUGCUAUUUGGGCUUAUUAGAACCUGAUUAGAAUAAAAACUAAGCAUCAUCUUUUGAUAAGAUGUACUUUUAGAGAAAAAGUAUGUCCACAUAUGUGGAUUCUUGUUCCGAAUUUCUAAAAAGUGCUGUCCACGCAUGUGACCGCCAAGCCCUAGGAGGUUAAAUUGGGCUACUGUCCCUUUUCAUUAAACGUGCUGUCAGGUCGUAGCAGCCAAACCCAUUUAACAUCUUCAUUUUUGGGGGGAAAGGCGGGGUUUAGUGUAGAGAGAGAUUUUGUCCAUUAGGAAUAGGAUCUAUAGCUAAUUAUCAGGACUGGACAGGAAUACAGUAUAUCUCCUUUUAGUACUGUAACCACAUGUUCUCUAGUGUGUAUUUUUCAUCGCCGGAAAGUUGGAAACAAGUUCUGAGCCAUCAGCAAACUGAAAGCAAGACCGGGCAAGGUCUUAUCACUGUAAUCGUUUCUCUGCAGACGCUGUUAAAUAAUGCAUUGCUAAUGUAUAAAUGUUUUUCAUUUUGCUUGAUAAAGAACAUGUUCAGUCAUGGUCACCGGUUCUGAUAAGAUUUACAGAAAUGAUAUUGGUUAUUCUUGGCAACCCAGAAUAUACCUUUUUUUUAACCCAAGCUUCUCUCAGUUUUGUUAUUGCUAGUUCUCGCCCGCUAUCUAGAUGUCUCCUAUCUGACAACAUCCACGAAUGUGGGAGAACGACACUUACCACAUACUUCCCCUGAGUCAUCUAAAGUCACCAUAUCUGUUUAAGUUACUGCCGAUGCAUCACUUUACAUGACCUAGCAUACUGUGGUGACGAAGGGAGGGAAAAGAGCCAUUCAUCCCACCCACAUCACAGGACAAUUAUAUAGUCUUUAGCAUCACAGGCCAGGCAUAUAGUAUUCACAAGAGAGGGUGGUUCAUCACUGAUUGUGGACUACAAACCCCUAUUUUCAUAUGAAGAGGAAAAUUGACUGGCAUGGUCAAUAACCAACAGACCUUUUCCCACAGGGACGAAAUGGAAAAUGGAAAAAAAAAAUAAAGCAGUGAUUUUUAAAUUGA